AUGAAGACCAUCGGCCUCCUAGGGGGCAUGUCCUACCAUUCAACCACCAUCUACUACACCCAGAUCAACGCCCACGUACAACGUCUCCGAGGCGGCGUCAACGCAGCCUCCCUCAUCCUCCACUCCUUCAACUACGCCGACACGUCCCGCCUCUUCGCAGCCAACGACUGGGACGGCAUAGCCGCCAAAUUCAUGGCCGCAGCCGCGCACCUCGAAGCCGCCGGCGCAGACGGCAUCGCCAUCGGCUGCAACAUCGGCCACAAAGUCGCGCCCCGGCUCGAAGCCGCCGUCGGCCUACCCGUCGCGCUGCUCGCCACCAAGGCGGUCAUGGAUGGCGAUUUCAUCACGAGUAGGCUGGCGGAGCGGGCGGGCGUUGAGGUCCUGCUCCCGCGUCAGGAGGACAGGGUGGCCAUCGACGCGGCUGUCUUUGGAGAACUGGCUGUGGGGAAGGUGACGCCCGAGAUUACCGGGUUGAUAACGCGGGUUGUUGACGAGUUGGUUGCUCAGGGUGCUGAGGCUGUCGUGCUUGCUUGCACUGACUUGCAGUUCGUCUUGACGCCUGAGAAUGUCAAGGUCCCGUUGCUCGAUACUUUGGAGAUACAUGCGAAAGGUUUGGCCGAGUGGUCGGUCUAG